AUGGCGGACAAAGGCCACAUUCGCCUUCUUCAAGUACGCAGCCUGGCGUUCCGGAGAGUCGGGAGACUGCAAGCAAGAAUUCACGCUGCCAGCCCACAAGACCUGCACAGGCCGGACCUGAGACGUCCCUACAAUGGAUGCAGAAUGCGGAAACUACCAUUGCCGUUUGUCGGGUCCCACGAACCACCCGUGCCCGGCGGCGAUGGGCUGACAUGUAUGACACCACGACAAACCGAGGCAAGGCGGCACCAGAUGGCCGAGAUGACGGCAGACGACAAGUCAAGCGUGCCAGGUCCUGCCCCGGACAUGGACUCGCUCACCAAGAGGCACACCGAGGAGUCAGCAAAACGGUUUCGAACCGACGGAAGCGCCCAAUACAUCGAGCUUGCCGAAGCUCCCUCUGCGCUCGCAGACGUCGUCAAAGACCCCUGGGUCGACGGUCCAAGGCUCCAUUUACACGGCCCUGCUCGAAGAAACCAGAUACGUGCCCAGGAACCGCUUCCCCCACGGCCCCGAAAUAAGACGGGCGGAAACGCUGGAAAAGCGCAGCCAACACAAGAUGGCCGACCUGGCGAGCCGCCCAUCGACACUGCCGUCACCGCGCAGUUUGUCGUCGUCACAGGAGGCGUGCUCAACCACCCCGAGAUACCCCAGGUUCCCGGACUCGACACCUCGUCCGGCCAGAUGAUGCACACCAGCCGCCGGAAGCACGACGUAUCCGGAGGCUCACGCGGCAAGCGGAGCCAGCCCGGCCUGAAGCGGAAGAAUGUCCGCAUCGUCGGCACCGGAGCCGCCGCCGCCGAGCUGCGCGCUGGGCAGACGAGCUGUACGUGCUCCAGCGCACGCCCUCCGGUGUGGACGAACGCGGCCAGAGACUCGCACAGAUGA